CCCGUUCCGCUUACGUAGGAAGUGACGCUGACUCAGUUCAAACACUGUAAAUUAACGACAAAAAGAAACUAAAAAUAAACGGGUCGAGUAGAUCAGAUUUGGUUAUGAUUUUAUUAAUGUUGACUGUGAGACAAUGAAAAUUGAUUAAUGAAGUUGAAACAGCGCGUAACAGCAGACAUGGAUGUAAUCCGAAGGGAACGGUAUUGAAGUGGUAAAUCUAGUAGAAGUCCAGCACGCUGAAUCGUCAUGUCUUUACAACGCAAGUUACAGCACUUGUUUGGGUGCCUAUGUGAAGGAUAACGUGUGAUGAGCUGAUUCCUUGGCUUACUUGUUUAGCGGAUAAGUCGCCAUGGACGACGAUUUUCUGUUUGCUCUAAGACUGCAGGAGCAAUAUGAUUUGGAGUCGUUAUCGACGACGAAUGAUUUGAGUUUUCCCCUCCAUAAUGAAGCUAAAAAAAGGAAAAUUGAUAGCGAUCUCCAAGUCGUACCAGUGCCACGCGCCAGGAGUACCUCCCUUAACCCCGAGAGACCACUGUCCAUCGUGGACGAGUCCUGGGAGAUGCUGGACCCCAACCCCGACAUUAGGGCAAUGUUUCUCCAGUUCAACGAUCUUUUCUUCUGGGGCAAACUGAGCAGCGUGGAGGUGAAAUGGAGUCCUCGUAUGACCCUGUGUGCCGGUGUGUGUUCCUAUGAGGGUAGAGGCGGUCUGUGCUCAAUCCGUCUCAGUGAACCUUUGCUGAAAUUACGACCACGACGGGAUCUAGUUGAAACUUUGCUGCAUGAAAUGAUUCAUGCUGUCCUGUUUGUUACACAAAACAACCGAGAUCGUGAUGGGCAUGGUCCUGAAUUCUGUAAGCAUAUGAACCGGAUUAACAGUGCAUCAGGAACUAAAAUAACAAUCUACCACAGCUUCCAUGAUGAAGUGGACCUUUAUCGUCAACAUUGGUGGCGCUGCACAGGACCUUGUCAAUCAAGAAAACCUUUCUUUGGCUAUGUGAAGCGUUCAAUGAACAGGGCUCCUUCAUCUAAUGAUACAUGGUGGGAGGAGCAUCAGCGUACCUGUGGGGGCAAAUUUAUUAAAAUCAAAGAACCUGAAAAUUACAAAAAAGAUGAAACUAGCAAAAAUGUAGAUUCAAAAAGGAAGCCAUCAGCAAAAAAUCUUCCCAAAAAGUGCCCCUCAAAUGAUGAUAAAGGCAUAAAGCGUGGUGUGGAUAUCCGAACAGUCAUCCCCUUCAGUGGAAAAGGAGUAGUUUUAGGUGGUAAUACAUCCAAACCACCUGAAAUGAAGUCCACUCCACCCUCCCAGGGACCUCCAGUAGCAGUUGUGGAUGACAAAAAGGAAUGUUCUGUCCCCAAAACUACUGAUACAACAAAGGCCACAUCCAGUAUGACUAUCACUACAGCAUGGCUGAAAAGCAGCACAAACAUCCUAGCAAAACAACCACAACCCACUGGCAAAAAGUCAGUUGCCAAUGUCAGUGCUUUUCGGAAUGUUAAUGGAUCACCAAUUAGAGUUUCAACAAGUGGGAAUAUACAUUUCCGAAGCCAUCGGAAUAAUUUAGUAGGAGGACAUCAUAGUACCACCACUGAACCACGUAACAUGAAAACUGUUCAGUCAUUGGAAAAGCCUGGAACAAGUCUAAGCACGAGCACCCUUUCAAACGUUAAAAAGCUUGACAGCCCUAUUAAGGCGAGUCAGAGGUCACUUUUUGAUUCAUAUUUUAAAAAUCCUAGUGUAGUAGAAAAAAAUACAACAAGCAGAAAUACUGAAGAUAAGAAAAUGGAAAAGUCCUCACAAAACAUUGUCAAAGAUGUAAGACAACAAUCACCUAAAGACUCUGUUGAUUCCGAUUACUUCAAAUCUAAAGCUUUUACUGGAAAAGCAAGCAGUAUUACAAAUCCCAGAAAGAGGCCCCAUGAAGAAAGCCACAGUAAUCAGAUUUCUGAUUUUUUUUCCAAAAAUAAAAAAACAGGCGAUAAACAACCGAGUGCUAGUACAAGCCAAAACUACAACCUUCCUUCUGGUGAUCCUGAACCAAAGUUUCAGGAGGGUGCUAGAGUUAACUGCCCUGUUUGUCGGGUUAGUGUUCUGGAAUCCGCAAUUAAUGUUCAUUUAGAUUCUUGCCUUCUGUUGGGCCUUUCUUAGAUCUUUUUGUCUUGCUUUCAAAGUUGUUUAAGUACAUGCUUUAAACACGUAUAUACAUAUUUUUUGCAAAUAUUCCAUAAAUGCAUUCAUUCCUCAGGACACCACUCUCACUAUUUUUAGAAAAGUUCAAAUAUUUUGGGAAUUGAAAAGACAAGUUUUCUGUGUUUUAAUAUCAUUCUUGUUAUUAAGGAGAUUACAGAAUCAUGCUGUGCUCUUUUGCAGCAUGUUUUAAUGGGGCCUUAAAAGUAGGUUGUAUAGCACUGAGUAACCAUUUAAAAAUUCUUAACAGUUGCUUGGAAGCUAAACAGAAUGAAGUCUACUUCUAAUUAAGAAAAUUUGGCAGCACCACUUGAAAUUGCUCAUUCUGUCUUUAAUAAUGAACCAGGAAUGCAGGGUAACAGAAGUCGCAUAGUAUGCAUUCCUCAGCUGUUUUAAAUAAUAUUUAUUAAAAACAAAAUACCCCCGAGUCAACUUUAAUCAAGCCAAGGAAAGGUCUGUUCAGGCUUCUUGUUUUUUUUAAAUCUCAUAUGUGAGCUGCCACUGGGAUUCUGUUUAGAUCAGAAGCUGCCAAACACCCUGAGGUUACUUCUUUUGUUUAUUGGAUUUCCUUUCAACCAAGGGUUAGUUCUAGUUAAAUGACCAACUUUACAUGUAAGAAGGAUGGAUUUUAUUGUUUGUGGGUUAGGAAUGAACCUGUUACAUGCUCCUUAAAAGCAAAUAUUUAUACUAGAUGCAGUAGAAAGUGAUAGUUAAAGUAAUUGUUUGCACCCACAUAAAACGUAUUUAUUAAAAAAAAAAAAAAAACAACUAAAUUGUAAAAAUCAUAUUGAAAUAGGCUUUGGGUCUUCAAUAGGCUGUUAGUAAAAACAGUUGAAUUCCUAUGCAUCCAUUUUGAAUUAAUAAACUAAUUUAACUCAAUAGAAGACACACUGGUUCAGCAAGAAAUCUUUUAAGUAUCAGAAGUGCAAAUAAUUAUUAAGAUUUUAGAAGUUCUAUCUUCAGAAUUAUUACUAAAAUUACUUGGAUCUUUUCAUUGUUUUGAUGUUAUCUUUUAAAUUAUUAGCAUUUAUUCAAUUAUUUUUUAAUAUUUGGAGAGUCUCUCCUGAGUUUAGACAAACUGACGUAAGCAUUUAUUAACUGCACAGCCACACAAGUAGGUUUGAUUGGUUGGACAGAUUGGGCUACUAAGAUCAAUGCUACUUUACCAAAAUAUCUUUUAUAUUCACUGUAAAAUAUGAAAGUUUUUUCCAGUUGUUCUGUUUUUAAUGAUUGAACUUCACUUCUAUAAUGUGUAUUGUUUAAAAUAAAUAUUUAUUUACUAAA